UGGUGGUGGAGGUGGUGGUGAUGGUGGAGGAGCUGUUGGUGGCUACGGCUCAACAAUUUGAUAUCAGCUGGUCAUUCAGACGUUCCCGCGGCCGCCUGAGGUUGAUAUGCCGAUCCUCAACUCUCACUGAGCUAAAUAUAUUUUUAUCUGUCCCCGCCGCCGCCGUGAAUUACUCAUGGGCUCCUCUCGUUCCCUGGGGAGGGUGCUUCACCAGGGCCUCCGAGAGCCUGGAAGCUGGCGCGGCGCCGGCGGGAGGUGGGACGCAGCCACAUUACCCUGCGAGGCGGGUGUUCGCGGCCGUGUCUCCGCGCCUAUCUGCUCCCAUCUCCAAAUCUAAUGACCGGACCUUCAUAAAACCUGCCAUUUUCCCAUUCACUAAUAGGCCACACCUGUGAGGGACGGUCCCCAGGGGGGUCGAAAACAAACACUGAAGCGGCACGAGCAGGCCCCGCCCCUUCACGCCCUGCCCCGCCUCCUCCGCCACGCUGGCCGGGCACGCCCCUCCCCCUCGCAGGGUUAGCUCGCCGCUGACUGGCUGGCGGGGGCGGGGGCGUGGCCUGGCUACAUACAAAACGUACUACAUGGGCCAAAUUAAGGUAGUCCUCGACAAGCACUCGUGAAUGACACGUAGAGUCGGCCUGCUGGCGAGCUAGUGAAGCGGUGGAGCCGAGUGCAGUGUAUCAGUGGCGUGAGGGGACAGUCGGUGCGGUGUGUCGCAGACUUAACAUGUACGAGGAGGAGCUGCUGUACCUCCGCAGCCGCGGCAUGGCCCCGGCCGGCCCGCUGGGCCUCCACCCGUACUUGGGCGGCGGCCUCCCUGCUAACCUGACGGACCACCUCGACAAGUACCACCGUCUAGGGUUCCACGGCGGCCUUCCCCCCCAGUCCCCCUUUGCCCACGGCUUCUCCGCGGACUACCUGAAACCUCCUGUGCACUGCGGAGGCUUCCCCGCGCCGGGGCUGCCGGGGGGCAAGCCUGACCCUCGCAUCAAGGUGCGCCUCGAGAAUGAAAACCUGUGGAACCAGUUUAACAAAUUUGGCACCGAGAUGAUCAUCACCAAGCUGGGCCGGCGAAUGUUCCCGACGGUGAAGAUGUCGGUGAGCGGCCUCGAGCCCAACACCAAGUACUUCGUGCUGAUGGACAUCGUGCCGGCCGACGACUCGCGCUACAAGUUCCAGGGCAAGGAGUGGGUGGUGGCGGGCAAGGCCGAGCCGCACAUGCCCGGCCGCCUCUACAUCCACCCGGACUCGCCGGCGUCGGGGGCGCAGUGGAUGCGUCACCCGAUCAGUUUCCAGAAGCUGAAGCUGACCAACAACAACCUGGACCAGCAGGGCCACAUCAUCCUCAACUCCAUGCACAAGUACCAGCCAAGGAUACACGUGGUGGCCGCGCCGGACAUCGUGUCGUUGCACUGGGCCGCCUUCAACACCUUCACCUUCGCCCAGACCUCCUUCACGGCCGUCACUGCCUACCAGAACGAGCGCAUCACGCAGCUCAAGAUCGACAACAACCCGUUUGCCAAAGGUUUCCGUGAGAACGGUCAACUCCGCUCCAAGAAGAGGUCAGGCGGCACCUCGCCCACCGCCAACGAGAUCACCACCACGCCGGAGAAGACGCCCGACGCUGACGAUGCCACCCUGGACAAGCGCGCGCGGCUCAACAGUGUGGACAGCGGUGACCUGGACGCCUCGGACAUUGACGAGCGUCCCGCGUCCUCCAUGUCCGUGGAGAAAGACCCCGGAGACGAGAAGGUGGACGUGGAGAGCCCGCCCACGCCUCCCCCGCCCUUCCUGCCGCCGCCGCAGAUCAUCAAGUCUGAGGUGGAGGAGGCCUCGCCCUCCCUCGUGUCGCCCCUGGUGUCCGCCGCCUCCAUGAUGGCCGCCGCCGCCGCCGCCUCAGAAGCCAGGAAGCCCCACACAGAGUCGCCUCUGCCGCCCGAGCCGCGGCCCCACGAGGUGAGCAUGCUGUCCCCCGCCGCGCCGCGCCCCUGCCUGCCCUCGCCCACCUACUCCACGGGCCUGCCCGGCGGCCUGCCUCCCACCAUGCCCGGCGGCUCGCUGCCCUACCCGUACCUCUACUACAGCCACAUGAUGUCGCCCUACCUACUAAGCCGCGCCCCCGGCCUGCCCGCGCCGCCCCUCGACAAGGCGGCGGGCGCCGCCAGGGACCUGUACGGCUACCCCGCCUACCUGAGGCCGCCCGCGCCCCACCCAUCCUCCCUCACCACGCCCUCGCGGCCGGCGCCCAUCCACCCCUACAGCUACGCCCUGCCGCCUCAGGUGCCCGCCAACCUGUGAGGGCCGCAGCGGCACCCCGCGGGUCGCCCAAGUCACGCCUCGCCCCAUCCCGGCCCGCGGCGCCCACACAUCACCGCCCAUCCGCCAUCCUCAUCAUCAGCUCACUGCGCGGCCGCUCGCGUCCUCGUCUGUGUCGUCCUCGUCCUCGUCCUGGCGUCAUGCCGGCCCAGCCCCGCUAGGCCACGCAUGUGCCCGUCGCCCUGCAUCACACAGGUGCCAAAGAUUUUUUUUUCGUACAGUUUCGUAUUUAUUUAUUUUUUUAAUCGUCGUUGAAUGGUGCUUUAUGUACAUAGUGUCAGGAGUGUGUACAGCGUUGUUCGGUGGAGAAGACGGGUAACGCAGGAGGCGCGUCUCGCUCCUCCCUCGGUGUUUGUAAUAAAGGCAAUAAUACGAA